UCGAGGCGGAGUGCAGUGGGUAGUGUGUUUCGCGCCAUGGUCACCGCCGCCACCCUGCUCGUCUUCUUCCUCUCUUCCGCAUGGGCGCAGAUGGAGGAGGAGAAGAAACCAACCUACCUAACGGCCUCCGUAGGUGACUCUGUGGUCUUCAAUUGUCCACUAGACUUCCCUCACGACGUGGAAAUACCUUACGUGCUGCGGUGGAACAAAGAGCAUCAGACGGUGUUUACAAGUAACGACGGGGUGUUGUCAGCCACAGAGGUAUUCCAACAGAGAGUGAGUUUAGUGCCAGCUGGUUCAGUGUACGGCAAAGGCUCCAUAAACCUAACAGCCAUUAGGGAGACGGAUGCCGGAUGGUACGAGUGCCGCAUCUACUUCCCUAACAGAACACCCAGCACUCGACCCAACGGCACCUGGUUCCAUCUAUCUGUGGACGGAGGUAAUCUGCUCACAAUACCUCCCACCAAUCAGACCAUCAUGGAGGGAAAGGCAGUGGAACUCACCUGUGUGUCAAAGGAGGCAGACUUCUCCAUCAGCUGGUAUAAGGAUGGGGUGUUGCUGUCUGAGUUACCAGAACUGCUCGCCAGGUCUUGGGUGGCUCCACAAGGCUCUUUGACCAUUAGACAAACCAACAUGGCUGACUUAGGGCUGUAUACCUGUGAAGUGGUUAACCAGAUGGGGGAGAAACAGGCGGCCAGUGCUUACCUCAAUGUAACAUAUCCAGCUAAAGUGGUAUACUCUCCCCGUGAAAUGUUUCUCCCCUACGGCAGACCGACUCUUCUCGACUGCCACUUCCGUGCCAAUCCUCCUCUCAUCACCCUGCGAUGGGAGAAAGAUGGUUUCCUCUUUGAUCCACUCAAUGUGCAAGGGGUCUUCUAUCGUAAAAAUGGAUCACUCUACUUCGAAAAAGUAGAUGAGACACAUUCCGGGGAGUACACUUGCACUCCGUUCAACUCCCUAGGCACUGAUGGCCCGUCACCCCCCAUACACGUUGUAGUGCAACGACCCCCGGUGUUUACAGUUACACCCCAGAACCUCUACCUGCGCAAGGUAGGAGACAGCAUUGAGAUACCUUGUGACGCCUUGGAUGGCGACGGCACACAUCGCCCAACCAUAGUCUGGUUUAAGAAAGACGGAACACCGUUGCCAACUGGGCGAGCGUUUGUGACAGGAGGCAACCUGACAGUGACUAACAUCCAAGAGAGUGACAGUGGACUGUACCAGUGUGUGGCUAGCAAUGAAGCUGCCACCAUCACAACGGAGACUGAGAUCAUGGUGGAGAACACGGCUCCAAGACCUCCACAUAACCUCACUUCUGAGUCUACCACUACCAGCAUCACAGUACGGUGGCUGGCAGCUGGCGGCCGAGCCAACACCGAGUACAGCAUUUGGUAUCGACCCUCUGACGUGCCAGAGUGGCGUACCAUGAGGCUACAGUCCCGGGGCUCCACAGAGGCGACCAUCAGCAACCUACUGCCGGGGCGAGAGUAUGAGCUGAUGGUAUUGAGUCAAGAUACCCAGGGCGACGGUAUGUUCAGUAAGGCUUUCCGUGCCAGGACUAAAGCUCCAGCGCCAGGGAUCGUUGUCGAUAGUCCUGCCAGUCCACAGCCGUGGCACACCCCUACUAACGCACCUAUUGAGCCAUUCCAACAGAUCUCCCGUCCCGAGAAUGUGCGGGUGGACCUAUCACCCGACGGGUAUCGGGUGGAAUGGGACCCACCUGCCAUGGGUGUAGACAUCCUCUCACACUACAUAGUCCGAUGGUACAGACACGGGAACCAGCAGUUGGCUGAGACUAUGGAAACUACAGACCACUUUGUUGAGAUACCUCAUUUAGAAGAACAGUCGACUUAUGUCUUCACAGUAACAGCUGUAACAUCCAGCAAAUACACGGCAGACAGUGAUCGUCUGACGCUGCAGGUGCCAGCGUACGGUCGAAACAAGGUGGCGACCAUAGCGACUGUCAUGUGCGUUGCACUUCUGCUUGCUGCCGUCGCGACUGUGUGGUACGUGCGACGAUGGUAUCGCAACAGUGGUGUUAAGUCGCACAUCACCAGCACGUGAAAACACAACGCGACACACUCCGGGAAACAUUAUCUGCGGAUGAGACUGUGACUGUGUAGACAAAGCCAGGGUAAACUAAGUUGGAGAUUGUAAUUAAUGUAAGAAGCACUACGUUGAAUAGAGAGAAACUGAUUGUAAAAGUAGUUAAUAUAGGUAAUAAUGUAAUAGUUACAUUGAGGUUAUACUUGUAGUCUGUUUUGCAAAUUACUAUGACCUUAACAUCUUGCUGUCGAGAAAAGUCUGUAUUAGACUUAUGAAAAUUCUUUCAGAACAAUUUUAUUUUAUAACUUAGAAUGUAAAUAUUUCUGAUUCUGGUUUGGCAAAAGUAGUAAACCAACAAGUUGCAUGAUUUUGUUUUUAACUAGAAAAAUAGAGCAAGAAGGUUUAUGCAAAAUGUAUACGGAAAAUCAUAGGGUUGUGUAGAGUGUUGUUAAUUAUAACUGUGGUUUAUUGAUCGAAACAUUGGCCUGUUAAAUAACUAUUCAUGUUUCAACAAACAUCAUCUUACGAAGCAAUGUACCAUCAGAAGAUAUGGCUAAAUUAUCAAAUUAAUGCACUUCCACUUUUUGGACCACUAGAGAAAUGACAAUGCACUUAAUUUGGUCUAUCUAUGGUUUGUUAAAUGAGAUCUAAUAGGCAGUAAUUGACAAUGUUCAAAUACAGUAUUAAAAUAACUCAAUAUUGUAAAAAAAUGUCUUGUAAGUAAGUCAAAAUGAUUGAAUGAAAUAAUCUUGGUUUAUCUGUAUUGUGAAACUUUGUAGCUUUGUAUGCAACAUUCAUGUUUCUGAAAUUCUCAAUUAUUGAAUUCAUAAGUAUUGAUAAAACUAUUGAUUGCCCAGCAUCGUACACUCAUCACUAACUUGUUCUUAGCCAAAAAUAUGCAUAAAAAUAGGAACUAUGCAAAGGAAAUAUGCAUAAAGGAAAUAUGCAAAAAUAUGCAAAGGAACUUGCGAUGAAAUGGAAUUUAAAUAUGAGUUUUAUUAAAAUGUACUAAUCAUAUAAAUUACUUUAAGAGAAGAUAAAAAGCAUUUACAUAGUAUAUUAAAUUUCCUAUAUUUAGAAUAUAAAAUUCCUUCUUACAAAGGACUCAUUGCCAAAGAUCUUAGUUUCUAGAUCAUUAAAAUAUCAAUGAGUAUCUAGUUUGAAACAUACAUUAGUUUUUAAAGUUUUGCCAUUUAGUGUAUAAGUUUUUGUAAUAAAAUGUAAUU